AUGGACACGAAAGAUUACGAGUACCAGAGAUUCAAGAAAUCAAGGAAGAGAUUUUUGAAAAGCCUGGCGAAUCUGAAAAUCGCCGUUGAAAAAGCAGAUCGCAAAUCCUGCGAUCCUAACAGACCAUGGAUUAGUUCCGCUCUUGGUUCAUCCUUGCUUGGGUUAUUUCCAGCGAUUGAUAGAAGCCAAAAAGUGUAUGAUCAGAGUUUCAAGGAACAAUUCGCUAAAGUUUGGAAAGAACGGGAAUGGCUAGCUUUGCGAGAAGCGUUCCAGAAGGAUAAGAAGCGAUCCCGGUCGUUUGAAAAUCGAAUUAGGGAGAUGUACUACUUUCUAACCCAUGCUGAACUUGCUUCGUUUGAGUUCUUCGAUGCAAAGGAUUUUCAUCAGAUAAGCGAGGAGCUGCAUUAUGCUCGGGCUGGGAAAGAAGUUUGCGAUCUUCUUCGUUUUCAAAGAGGCACACUGCCUCAUCAAGUUCCGACGAUUUUCAAACCUCCUGAGGAAGAAAACCAUCGAUCGCAAGAUGCACUUUCUUCGCACCUAAACGGUGAAAUCUUCUAUGUUUUCAGCGAGUUCGCGGCGUUCAAGGUCGAUGGUAUUCUUUCUGAUAUGCAAGUGGAUGUUCUUUGCACAAGCCGAGCUUCAGAUUUCCUUCUCGAUCGAGUAAAAAUGCUCCAGGAUCUGCUGACGGAGCAUGAAAAAAUUAUGGACAAAAUUUUUCUGACAAUAAAUCGAGAUCCUUCUUUUUAA